GUUACUCCGAGAAGUGUUUCCUGACAGCCGUUUCGGCGGCAGGCAUAUAUAAAUAGCAGAGGCCAAGCCCGUUACAGCUUCUGCCCUUCUGUAGUACUAGACUCUGUGUUUACGUUGUCUGCCCGCAUCCCCCUGUAAACCACUUUCUUACACACUAUGACAGAAGAAACGCUUACGCACAGAGUCAACGGACCGGUGUUUGAGAUACACAUCAACAACCCACAGGCUCUCAACUCCUUUACAAUCCCAGAGUUUGUCAAGCUUGCCGAGCUGUUCGACCUCGCAGACAGAAAUGAAGAUACAAAGGUAACGUUACUCACCUCAACAGGCACAUUCUUCUCUACAGGGGCCAACAUCAAAUUCAUUUCCAAACUGGUGGAAAGGCCCAGGAUAGAUUACUACGAUCACAUCACAUCCAAAAAUAUCCUUUUGGUUCACACUAUACUCAAUCACAAAAAGCUCAUUGUUGUGGCCUUGAACGGACCUGUGAUUGGGCUUUCUGCCGCCUUGGUGUGUCUUAUGGACGUUGUCUAUGCCCGGGUGCCAACCGACAAGAAGAGCAUCUCGCCAUAUAUGCAGUUCCCCUUCUCCAGUAUCGGGUUAGUGAACGAAUGCGGCGUAUCUGCUUCAUUGCCGUACAGACUAGGGUUGACUAGGAGCUUGGAAGCUGUCAGUAUGGCACGUAGAAUAAUGUUGGAUGAGUUAGUUUCCUCUGGUGUGGUCUCAAAAACAUUCCGUGCAGACUCAGCGGAAGCCUUUAACAAGCAGAUCUGCUCGGAGGUUUCCAAGAUGGUUAGCGCAUUAGCAGUAGACUCGAUGGUAGAAAACAAGAAGAUGAUCAGAAUGGCAUUCGAUGAGCAGGUCGGGAAACAGAUUGUCAGUGAAAGCCUGUCAGGCUUGAACAGAUGGGUCGACGAAAGACCCCAGACUGCGUUCAAAUUUAUGGUUGAAAACAACAGAAAGGGGGAGAAGAAGCUCAUGAGUAAACUCUGAGUCGUAUAGGUAUCUUUUAACUGUUGAUAGAUGAAUGAAGUAAAAAAAAUAAUCUUGACAAAAAGACUUUAACCUAUUAGUUGAUGCGAGGUUCGAA